UUGAUCCAGUACGAAAUUCUCAAAAAUAAUAUCAUACGAAUUUUAUGGCAGACAGUAAGAGAAUUAUAGUGGUGGACACUGCCACUCGCUAGGUGUGGCUGUUUAAAGAAAGGCUUCGUACAGAAAUUUAAAUAAAAAUAAAACAAGGGGCCGACUAAAACAGACUUAAGCGUGGAAAUCAACUAAUCAAAUCGUAGAAACAACUCACUAAACAACUUAAUAGAGAGAUAUUUGCGUAGAUAAAUCAAUAGAAGGUCAAUAAAACUGACAAUCGGAUGUUGAACUGUCAGUUCGUUACUAUCAAAAAAUUGGACACUGUCCAGCUCAGGGUUGGCAUUGCGUGUUUGGCGCUUAGCCGAAUCAUGUCAUUUUACGUGUCGGUAUUUGGGCUACUGACCUAAAAUAGACCCAAUUUACAAUGCCCUCUUUAGGAACAUUUUGAUAGUUGCAUUUCCUGACACAAGGACACAGGCAGUUCUCUUUAUUGAGUCGGGACAAGCGCAGCUAAACUGACGACCAAAAUGGUGAACCUUGGGGAGAUUUUUCCUGAUUUCCAUGUCCGCACCAGUGAAGGCGAGCUUGAUUUCCACAAAUUUAUCGAAGGAUCAUGGGCCAUUUUAUUCGCUCACCCCGCCGACUACACACCCGUGUGUACCACUGAGUUGGGCUGCUUGGUUGGAAUGAUCCCAGAAUUCACCAAGCGCGGUGUAAAGCUCAUUGCUUUGUCAUGUGAUGAUGUUGACACACACAAAGGAUGGAUGGAAGAUAUCAAGGCCUUCAUCAAGACAGACCUAAUGGACUUCCCUUAUCCGAUUAUUGCCGACCAAGGGCGUGAACUGGCUGUGAAACUGGGAAUGGUCGAUCCUGACGAAAAGGAUGCUCAAGGAAUGCCACUUACUUGCCGUGCGGUGUUCGUUAUCGGACCAGACAAGAAGCUUAAGUUGUCAUUCCUGUAUCCCGCCUCGUGUGGACGGAACUUGCAUGAACUAUUACGUGUGAUAGACUCAUUGCAGUUGACUGCCACAAAACAAGUGGCCACUCCUGCAGACUGGGAGCCUGGCAAAGACUGUAUGGUUCUUCCCACGGUGAAAGAUGAAGAUCUUGAGAAACUAUUUCCAAAGGGCGUCAAAGUCAGAGAAAUGCCCUCAGGUAAAGGGUACAUGCGGUACACUCCUCAUGAACAAACAGAGUAGAACUGAAUGUGAAUUAAAGCUUGUCAGUUGUAACCAAACAAA